CAGCCGGAGCGCGCGGCCGCGGUGCUGGCCCGUGCGCGCGCGGAGGUGGACGUUGCGGGUGCCCUGGGCUGGACCCCACCGCCCACCCUGCCUGGCGCGGAGCGCGGGGCCCGGGGCGGCCUGCCAGGUCCGGUGCCCGCGGACCCUCGGAGGCGGCGUCUCGCGGUCCGCCUGCGCCUCCGGGCCCUGGACGCCCAGCAAGACCGACCCGCCGGUUCACAGCGCACGGGAUCCCGACAGCGAAGCGCCCGAAGAGGUUCGACCGUCGCCGAUCAGCCGCAAGCUCCGUACCGCCCUUAGGAUUCGUUUCUUCAAACGUCUGGUUGUUACGCGAUGCGCUUUGGAGACUACCAUGGCCGCAGGAGUCUUGCCUCAAAACAAACAGCCAUAUUCCACAUUGGUGAAUAAUAGAGGGUAUGCUGCAAACAUGAAAGGAAAUUCCGAACGUCCAACCCCAAAGUACACAAAAGUGGGAGAGCGUUUACGGCAUGUCAUCCCCGGGCACAUGGCGUGCUCCAUGGCAUGUGGUGGUAAAGCCUGCAAGUAUGAGAACCCAGCCCGCUGGAGUGAGCAGGAGCAAGCCAUUAAGGGUGUUUACUCGUCCUGGGUUACUGACAGCAUCCUGGCCAUGGCUCGCCCGUCCUCUGAGCUCCUGGAGAAGUACCACAUCAUCGAGCAGUUCCUGGGUCAUGGCAUAAAAACAAUAAUCAACCUGCAGCGUCCCGGUGAGCACGCUAGCUGUGGGAACUCUCUGGAACAAGAAAGUGGCUUCACGUACCUUCCUGAAGCAUUUAUGGAAGCUGGCAUUUAUUUCUACAAUUUUGGAUGGAAAGAUUAUGGUGUAGCAUCUCUCACCACCAUCUUAGAUAUGGUGAAGGUGAUGACAUUUGCAUUACAGGAAGGAAAAGUAGCCAUUCAUUGUCAUGCAGGGCUUGGCCGAACAGGUGUUUUAAUAGCAUGUUACUUAGUUUUUGCAACAAGAAUGACUGCUGACCAAGCAAUUAUAUUUGUGCGGGCAAAGCGACCCAAUUCCAUACAAACCAGAGGACAACUGCUAUGUGUACGAGAAUUUACUCAGUUUCUGAUUCCUCUCCGCAGUAUCUUCUCUUGCUGCGAUCCCAAAGCACAUGCUGUCACAUUAACUCAGUAUCUAAUUCGACAGCGUCAUCUGCUGCAUGGUUAUGAGGCACGACUUCUGAAACAUGUGCCGAAAAUCAUCCACCUGGUCUGCAAAUUGCUGCUGGACUUGGCUGAAAACAGGCCAGUGGUGAUGAAGGACAUGUUGGAAGGACCUGGACUAUCUGCUGAAAUCGAAAAGACUGUGUCUGAGAUGGUCACGGUGCGACUGGAUAAAGAGUUACUGAGGCACAGCAGUGUGGCAUCAGACCCAUUUAAUCCUGCUGCAGUGGUGGCAGAGUUUGAGAAUCAGGAUGUGAUUCUUUCCAACGAGCAAGAGUUUGACCCCCUUUGGAAGAGGCGGAAUGUCGAGUGCCUUCAGCCGCUGAGCCAUCUGAAAAGGCGACUCAGCUACAGUGACUCAGACUUGAAGAGGGCGGAAGUUCUCCUGGAGCAAGGGGAGACUCCAUGGACUGUGCCUGCCCAGGACUCGCUGGGCCAUAACCUCCAGCAGCAGAAGCCCGUCAGACAUUGUUACGUCCCACCAUCUCCAGAACUCGAGUUGCAAAAGGAGGCACUGGUUCGCAACACAUUUUCUUUCUGGAGUCACUCGAAGUGUGGAGGUUUGGAAGGACCCAAGGAUGAUGAAUCACCACUUUUCUGUAGGAGAGACAUUCCAAAGGAAGUACAACGAAGUAGAACCUUCUCUGUGGGUAUUUCAGGUUCAUACAACCCUGGGGAACCAGUUACACCCAGCUGUGCCAAUGUCCACAAGGAUGUAAACCCUUCUCAUCAGCAGGCGACCCACUGUCAUCCUGAACCGCACGGUGGUCGGGGCCGAGGCUCUGUGGAGGAGGAAGGCAGGACUUGCUGCAGCCCUCCUCCAGGCUGUGGCUUCAGUCCCAAGACUCAGUGCUUGGUUGGACAUGAAACCCAGAACAGCAAAUGCCUAUCUGAAGCGUUGCCGCAUUCUGACUUGCCAUCUGAAUUGAGCGUUGAAGCGAGGAGAAUACUUGCAGCCAAAGCCCUGGCAAAUUUAAACGAGUUUGUAGAAAAGGAGGAAGUGAAAAGGAAGGUAGAGAUGUGGCAGAAAGAACUGAAUUCCCGAGAUGGAGCUUGGGAAAGAAUAUGUGGUGAGAGAGAUCCUUUCAUCCUGUGUGGUUUGAUGUGGUCUUGGGUGGAGCAACUAAAGGAGCCUGUAAUCACCAAAGAGGAUGUGGACAUGCUGGUUGACAGACAAGCAGAUGCUGCCGAAGCCCUGUUCUUAUUAGAGAAGGGACAGCACCAGACCAUCCUUUGUGUGUUGCAUUGCAUAGUGAAUCUGCAGACACUUCCCGUGGAGGUGGAGGAAGCUUGCCUUGCCCACGCCAUUAAGGCUUUCACUAAGGUUAAUUUUGAUUCUGAAAAUGGACCAAUAGUUUACAACACCCUGAAGAAAAUAUUUAAGCACAUUCUGGAAGAAAAAAGAAAAAUGGCAAAGGAUAGUCCCAAGCCAGGCCUCUUGUGAAGCUGAAUUUCUCCUUGUGAUGAAUAAUGAUCAAGAUGGCAUUUCUGUUCACAUGUGAAUAAGCUGAAGUUUGUGGAGCUACUUUUUCUCAUAGCACUUUAUUUUGAAAGCUGUUGGCUUGUGCUGAGAAUGAUUAUUCUUAUUUGGAGCAGUUAUUUAUUUUAAAAUAUCCUUGAGCUAUGUGUUAGUCUUGAAAAAAUUGCCAUAAAGUUGGUGCCACUUUUUUUUUAUUUAUUUGACUGAAUUAAUAUUGUUGUAUUAACCUUUUAAGUAUGUGUGUUUACAUCCUUAAUUCUUUUUGACAUUUUGGAAGAAGGUAACUCUUCUCCCCAAAACAUUUAUUUUCUUGGUAGAACUUUUCCUAGAGACUUUACCAAAUAGAUAGUUUUAGUAGUAAAACUUCACGGUGUGUGCAUCCCCCUGGACACGACCUAAGAAAGUCACCAAGUGUCUUAAACUGUUUUAUAUUUGUUACUAAGAAGGCUAUUAAUACAUUUUAAAAGAACUUUUUAAAACUUUGUUUGAAAUUUCUUGGUUUUCUUUUUAUAAAUGUGUCAGAGUUUCAAAGUGUAUUAUUUUUCAAAGCGAUGUAGUUUUACUUUAGUGGAUAGACUGUGAAUUGACUGUGAAUUUUUACUUGUAGAAAGUGGGCUUGCCCUUUGUCAGGCUCCCAGAUGACCUCCCCAGGCUUGGCCGUCACAGGAGGCAGGAGCAACACACCAGGCCUUAUUCCUACUCCCCGGAGUUGCUGCUGCGCCAAAUCACAUCCUUCAGAGGAAGUGGGGUCCGAGUGGGCAGUGUGGGAAGUUGCUAAGGAGCAGGACUUGCCUUUGUCCUCCCAGGGACUCCACAGAAAGCACAGCUGUGCUGGGGCAGGGCUCCAGGCCAGCCCUGCUCUCUCCAGGCGCCACAGCCACUCUGCAAAGGCGACUGAGAGCCAGAGUGGCCAGGGCCUGCCGGCCUGCUUGGGCUAAUACCCCAUCCGCACAGACAAUGGCCCAGCACAGGACCACACUCCCAAAUGGCGUGUGGAGUUCCACAGGCCCACUUAUCUCAGACCUCUGGCUUUGGCUGCUUUUUUGCUAUGAGAAUUAUAAUUUUGAAAUUAAAUUUGACCCCAGGUUGCAUUCACCCUAACUGGCUUCAGAUAAGAAAGGGUGACUGCCUAAACUUGUUUCUUAUAGGCCAAACUAUCAAUCAGCACUUGAAGCCAUAACUUUUAUUUAAAUUAAAUUAAUAUGUGGAGUAGCAAAGGCCAAAGCACAGAAAGGAUACUAACUUUUUCAGUAAAAGUCACAUUAAUCAGACCAAUUUCAAACUAAAGAAGCUACUACUUAAUUUUCAAGAUGGAAUUUCAGGGGAAGCAAGACUAAUUUAAAACGAAUGAAAUUUCUCCAGCUUCUUCAUUUCUGAAUUAUGGGUCUAGCACAUCAGACAAUAUGUCAUUACCAGUCUCACUAACUCUAAUGGCAAAGGCUAACUACAGUCUUCUUCCACUGAAUUUUCUUAGGAAAUCAAAUCCAACAGUCAUUGCCAAACUGGCUUUCCCACUCCUGAAAUGUCUAAUUUUUCAAGUGCCUACCCUUGGAAAGAAGAAGAGGAAACAAUUGCAUUUUAUCCAAAGUACAUUAUAAAAAAAAUUUUUACCAAAAAAAAGAAAAAUGCUUGUCCUCACCUCCAUCAACCUCAAGUGGGCAAGUGACACCGCAGCGCUUUUUAUCAGCUUUUUUUUUCUUUCUUGUUUUGACCAAAAAAUCCAGCUAAUUGCCUGUGUGUCCAAAAUACUUGUUUCAAAUUAUAGAAUAGUCAUGUUUUGACCAUAGCACUGCACAUAUGAAAAUCCAGGUCACUAGCCUUACAGGAGAUGAUCUGGCUAUGUACAAGUGUUGUAUUUAUUUGAAUAAAAGUGAAA